UUCUCUAUUGCUAAGACGUGACAGACGUGUACAGUAUAAUGAUCUGACUGUGCUGUUUUGGAAUAUAUACACCAAUGUUAUGUGGUACAAAGAAACAAUGGAAGAUGAAAUUGGUGAAAAAAUAGAGACCAGAGAUGUCAGAUUAGAAUAUGAAGCUUACAGAAAAGAAUUCUCCAAAAAACUACACCAGUUAAGAUCUAAUGACGAAUUUUGUGAUAUCGAUAUUCAAGUUGGCAGUCAGACAUUUCGAGCACAUAAAAUCAUUUUGGCUGCCGGGAGUUCUUAUUUCAGUGCUAUGUUCUGUAGUGGUAUGAUGGAAGACCAUGCUGAUGUUGUCACACUUUACGACAUUGAUCCUAAAAUAUUUUCUGUUUUACUAGAUUUCAUAUAUCUUGGAGAAAUAGAUGUCACAGAAGAGAACUGCCAAGAUCUGAUGUAUGUAGCAGACAUGAUUGAUUUACUUCCUGUUGUUACAGCAUGUGUGACCUUCUUGAAGGACAAUAUACAGCCAUACAAUUGUAUAGGAAUUCACAGAUGUGCAGACACACCAAAUCUUCAAGAACUUAGAUUAUUUGCUGAAGAUUACGUAGAGACAAAUUUUAACAAAGUCACAAAAGAAGAAGAAUUUUUAGAACUCCCAUCGACCGAAGUGAUAACUUGGCUUGAACGUGAAACUAUAAAUAUCAUUAGUGAAGUUGAAGUAUUAGAUGCAGCAUUAUAUUGGACAGAACAAAAUAUUGACGACAGACUUACGAUUUUACCAACAUUAUUAGACUAUGUUCGGUUCCCGGUUCUAAACCACAGUCAAAUGCAGGAAUUGUUUAGUAAACAUGUAAAAAGUAGAAUGGUGGUAUCAGCCGUUAGAACUUAUCUAAGAACUUGUGAUAUUUUGUCAAAUGAUAUUCGUUCAUUUCCAAGAAAAUCCUCCAACAGAAGUAUUUAUGUAAUAGGUGGAUUUAAUCGUUCUAAGAAUGGAAGAUGGAGUGAUGCUAUAUCAUUAAAAACUGUAGUAAAAUACGACACAUUCCAAAAACAAUGGGAACAUGUUCCUGGUAUUUCUUGUCCACGUAGCAAACAUGCUGCUGUGUCAUUAAACAGGAAAAUAUAUGUAGUAGGAGGGGAGGAUGAUUUGUUGAUGUAUAACAAUCUGGAAAUAUAUAAUCUACAAACCGGAAAAUGGACGGAGGGACCAUCAAUGAGUGUUCCACGGUCAGGAUUUGGUCUAUGUGCCUGUGAUGGGAAGAUUUAUGCCUUUGGAGGGUGGGUAGGAAGUGUUUUAGGGGAUAAUGUAGAAGUAUAUGAUCAGAAUAUAGGAAGCUGGAUCACAGACUCAGUAAUUCCACACCCUAAAUUUGCAUGUGGAGUUGUGGAAAUGGAUGGCAUGAUUUAUAUAGUUGGUGGAACUGAGACGGAAAGUUCAACAGAAAUGUUCACCUGUGAUGGCUUUAAUCCUGUAACAAAGGAAUGGACAGAACCACAGAAUAUGAAUGUUAGACGUUCAGAUUUAGCACUUGUGGCUCUAGAUGGCUAUAUUUAUGCUGUCGGAGGAUAUAAUGAACAUGACCGAGAACUGAACACUGUAGAGAGGUAUUCACCUGAGGAGAAUACAUGGACUAUGAUUUCACCAAUGUCAGAAAGAAGAACAGCACCAAGUGCUGUUGGCUUAAAUGGACAAUUAUAUGUAAUAGGGGGUAGUAAACGAUUGGUGGAUAACCCAUAUACUGCUCCUGUUACACUAGAAUCUGUAGAAUGUUAUGAUCCACUAACUGAUCUAUGGACAGAGUUACCUCCCUUACCUAUAGGCAGAAGUGAAGCUGCUGCUGUAGUUUUAUAAAAAAUAAUUUAUUUGAAAUAUUUCUCUGUGACAUUAAAUGUACUUAUUUAUAUUUAUUUAUUUUUUGAGAAUUUUUAUCUUCAGAGUGAAAAACAAACUGUCUAAGACUGUAAUGUGAGUC